CAUUCUGCAUGAGGCAGAAGAAGAAGCAGCAUCAAGGGAACAUGGAACACGGCAAGAAGGAGCUCAGCCCCCAAAAGAGGUCAACACCGAAGAGGUCACAUCAUCGUCGAAAGGCGCCUACGGCAAAAGAACGCUCUAUACCAAUCAAAUCACCACAGGAUCAGUCACCUGAGACAGGAGCUCAGUCCAGCUCAGCUCAGCUCAGCCCAGCUCAACUCGGCUCAGCCCAGAUCAGCCCAGAUCAGAAUCACGAUGCGAAAAAUCCUGCGGCUGACGAAGAUGACUCCGCUAACCAGAUGGCGAACCGCUCGCAGGAAAAGUUAAAUGGCGCCGAGGUCAAGAAAGGGCCGACUAGUAUUGCUUCAAUGUCAGGCGAGUCACAAAUGGAAUCUCCUAUAUCAAGAGCAGUAACAUCAGAACCAUUGCAUAAUCCGGAUAUGGGGAAGCCUGUCUCGACAUCGCACGUGUUCCGCUCGAAAGAGUCCAGCUUUUGGCAACUCCUCUCACAGGAUGGGACAUCGCCACCCAAGGCCUUGCAGCAAGGAGCGAGGGAACAAACGGAUCGCGGUGAAGCAAGGACCCCUUUCAAAGACAAUACUUGGUACCGCACGUUGGCUGUCGAGUUGGGGUUCGCAGUCGUGACUCUCGUCUCUGUUGUGGCAGUCAUACUGUACUUUCUCUACGGACGCAGUGAAUCCAGCGCAACCACCGUGACAGAGCCUGCCGGAUUUCAAUGCAAUUCGCCUAAGUGCAAGAGGACUAAGAGGGAAAUCGACCAUCUCUUAAAUACCAACGUUCACCCAUGCGAUGAUUUUUACACAUACGUUUGCAGCAAGUGGAGUAAUUCGUCAAGUGGAAGACCAUCGGGUUUCGUAAAGGAUACACUCGAUGACUACAGCAGCGCCCUCAUCAAAGCUCUAAGGUCACAUGAGUCCGCGAAGCCGGACAAGUACGGUGGGCACGUCAUGGCAAAAUUGUCCAACGUCUGCUACGGUUACAUGAUAAACGGGACGGAUACGGUCAUCGAGGCUGUUGACGAGAUCGUGGAACUAACGGACAUUUCAAAACUACUGAACGUGCAACAUACACACGACAUAUUUAUUUUUCUUGUAGAACUGUACCUACGGAAAAACAUCAAGGCAGUUUUCGUGGUGGAAUAUAGCCAAGACGAGAGCAGACAGUUAUUGCUAUUUGCUCCAGGGGAGUCCAUCACUUCCAAGGUGUGCGAAGGCUUGGCAGAACCUGAUCUUCACGCCAUGAAGAAAAUGUUGGAGGAAUUAUUGAAGCAUCCGCGUAUAAAUUCUCCCUCCAGUAUCGACACCAUAUUAAGUAUUGACCGCAAAAUCGACCAAUACCUCGGAUCACCAUCACCUGUGGAAAAGGCAACGCUUCCAGAAGUUGCCAAGGUGAUUCCGUUCAAGACUCCGGAGCUCCUGGAUGUCAUCAAUCGAAAUGUUCCGCCAGAUUGGAAAAUUAAUGAACACUCUGUAGUCCAGGUGGAGGGAAUGAGAUCUUUCGAGAACAUUUACAGUCUUCUAAGAAAUUAUUCACUACGAGAACAAGCUCUUUACUUCACGGCCAAUCUCGUUUCCGAGCUGCUACGGUACACAGUGUUCAGGAACUAUACUGACGACAACCCCGCUGUCACAGCCUUUCUAUGUCUUCGAGCAACGAGAAUUGCGCUCACAAAUACUUGGCAAUUCGUUGUAGCCAAAAAGGCAGGAACAGCUGGAGGAUCAAGGACGACUAUGGAUCUGGCUAAGGCGGUGAAGCGCAUCAUCAUGGACGAGAGAGUCUUGGAAAAGUUCGACUCUAAGUUGCGGUCGCGAGGCAAAGACAUUCUGAACAAAGUAACUCUCAUCACGUACGGCGGGGAAGGUCUGAAAAGGCUUAGCAGGUAUACGGACUACAGUUCGUGGAACCUUGAUGACGCACUCUUUUCUGUCUAUGUUCAGGCGGGAGCCAUGGAAAGGGUGCAGCUUUCUCGGUCGAUACGUCGCAGCAGACAAAAAGUUGCAAGUAGAAAUCAAUUAUUCAGUAGAUUACAGUUCAUUCUAAGCGACGCCGUACUGACCAUUCCAACUGCCUACCAGCGUCCGCCACUACUGUACUUUGAGCAGGAAGGCGAAAUGCCCCUUUACAUUAACUACGCAACCCUCGGCACUUGGAUCGCUAAAGAAAUGUCUCGUGCCAUUCUUCAGCCAUUCAGAGGUUCCGACCAAUCUGUCUUACAGAAGUCAUUGAGUUGCAUGAAGAGCGUUGGAAGAGCUCAGGGCCUAAACAUGGAGGAUGCCAUCGGUGCCGAUCCGUGGGAAAGCGAAGUGGUCUUGUGGUACUUUGCCUUUCGUUUCGUUUACGAGGGCCUCAUGCGUCUCUUGACUAAUGCCGGCGAGUCACCGUCCGGCAAUAUCUGGAAUGAAGUACAACGCUAUUUUUUCAUUCGAUUCUGCAUGAUGGCGUGCACCUCGGGGGACGACGACAAUGUGAAGGAGCCGCCUAAGCACUUCAGGAAAUUUUGCAUGGUGCCAGCCAUCAGCAACGCAGACUUCGUCGCCCAUUUUCACUGUUCGGGAAGGAAGGAUUUCAUCUUCGACGGGUGCGCUUCUGGACGUCAGUAGACGAUCGCUCCCAUUUUCUAUUGUUUUUAUCAUACUACCGGAAUAUGAUGGAAAAUACAAUUGACAUGUC